UAAUUUCGUUGUGUAAAAUUUGGUAAAAUUAUAUUAAUAUUUUGCUGAUAUAAAUUUUUAAAAUGAAAGCAACGUUAAUAUUUGAUAGUGUAAAUGAUUUAUUGUUUUCAAAAUGGGAUGAUACUUUCAUACAACGCAUGAAAUGUUUCAAUGAACAGGAAACUGAAGGCAUAUCGGACAGUUACAAUGUGUCCCAAUUACUGUCUCCUAUCAUUACAUCUCAACGCGUCAUGGCUGCACAAUUUGGGAAUACUUAUUCUUCAAUGCAGUGCAAAGACAACACUACUAUUGUUUUCGAUGAGUGGCUAGACCAUGUCUUCAUGAUCAUCAGCGAGGAUGAUGUAGAUGAUGCUCAUAGGGAGCUCCUGGACUGUAAAACUUAUGUGCAACAUAUUUGUGGACAAAACAUUAACCUCUUACAGUCCUGUGUGUAUCAAGACUGGCUAUCAGUCUUAUUAGAUUGUAGAACCAAGGGUGAUUCUAUUCCUGGAGCCAGUGGAAUGAUUGGUGAGAGUGGUGCUACAGGAGCGGCUCUUAAUGCUCUAAAAGCUGCAGCCAAAGACAUCAAGUGCUCACCACACCACCACUACCAUCUGAUGCUGUAUGUAGGGGACAAGAUAUUAGCUCUCUACUCUAGCCGUGGCAGUGAGGACUUGUCUGCUCCUGAUUUGAUUCUGAUGAGUAACCAGUGUGUGGCUGCCCAGGAAUAUUGGACUAAUGUUGAUGUUGGGGAAAAUGGGUCUCACAAUUCCAUUCAUUUGCCUUGGCUGUCUGAGGAGAAUAGUGCCAUUGUGAAUCUGUGCGCUGGUGCCACAUGCAGCCCAUGCGCGCCAUACUCGAUGCACAUUGCAGAAGUGGCACCUAGGAUAAGUUUUGUAGCUCUCAUUGACAUGGAUUUAAGGGAAGUGGGCAUUGCUGUACAUAUGUCAAGUCAAAUUUUGUCUAAUUUAAGAAGACUCUUGUUACAAAGAAAUUUGGAAUUACUUCCAACAACCCUUGACUCUUUGGAAGCUGCAUUAAAAAAGACAACAGACGCAUUACGUAAAAACAAAGCACACUCGAACCUCUGCGCUCGCGUGACGUCACGCAUGCUGGAGCUUCGCAAGUCUUGCACCACGACCACGCCGCUGACGCCCGAGACUGCUGCCACAGCCAUGCACACCGCCCUAGAGGCCGUCAUCGAACUCCUCAAGCCAGACAUCCCCAGCCUCAAACUGGACCAAGCGCUCAAGAACUUAAGAACCAUUUUAGCGCCAUACGUCGAGUUUCUACGAGUGAAAGCGAUGAGAUACUUCAGCCUUGGAUCAUAUCCUUUUCAAAAGAUCAACUUUUAUUUCUGUUGUGAGCAUGUUGUUUGUUGUUUAAUAAUAUUUAUAGUAGGUGUUAUCCCUGCUACAUAGCAAGUGAUUGAAUUAAUGUUUGCUUUGCGCAUGAUUGUAGUAAAUAUGAAAAAAAUAAGAAAAUUAUCUUUAAGUUCUAAAUGAAAAUGACAUACACAGAAUUAAAUUCUUUAAACAUUUUUUUGUGCUGUGAUGACGCUAAUUACAAGCUAUUAAAUGUAGUUGUAACUGGAUUUGAUUUAAUUAGCUUUUACCCAAUUAGCUUAUCAUUAUCAUGCAUGACAUUCAUUUAAAUUGUUUCGUGAGAUGCACAAUUUUUAUAGUAGAAGUUUUAUUAUCUGAAUUUAGUUUGCAACAUAUCUGUGAGUCAUUAUUUACACACUGAUAUGAUCGCAGAGUAAACAAUAAACAUUUUUUUUAUAAAUCAUGUGUAUUGCAGUCAAAUCUCAUCUUGCAACAACCAUGUUACAAAUAUAAUUUAUUUUAAUUCACGAGACAAUUGUCCGUCCAUCAUGCAAUGUUUAUCCGAUUAUUUCGCUUAAUGUGGGUGGUUCGCUCGGCACGGGCGAGGCGGACAGUGGUUCCCUAACGCUGCACAAGUAUGUGGAGGAGUUCCCUGGACUGGUCCACUUCGUGUACGUGGACCGAGCCACGGGCCGCUUCCUGGCGCCCGAUAUGGCCGACUGUGUGGACAUGCUCUCAGCGGAGACCGUGAGUGUUCUACUCUUGUUAUUAUCUAACGCUGCACAAGUAUGUGGAGGAGUUCCCGGGACUGGUCCACUUCGUGUACGUGGACCGAGCCACGGGCCGCUUCCUGGCGCCCGACAUGGCCGACUGUGUGGACAUGCUCUCAGCGGAGACCGUGAGUGUUCUACUCUUGUUAUUAUCUGACGCUGCACAAGUAUGUGGAGGAGUUCCCUGGACUGGUUCACUUCGUGUACGUGGACCGAGCCACGGGCCGCUUCCUGGCGCCCGAUAUGGCCGACUGUGUGGACAUGCUGUCAGCGGAGACCGUGCGGGCAAUAAUAGCGCGCAGCUUCGCCGUGAUCCGGGAAGGCUACACGGCGGCGACGUGGCGGCGCGGCGCGCUACACGCGUGCUGCGUGGCCUGGUGGGAGCGGCGCGGCGCGGCCGUGCGCCCC